AUGGCACAGCUUGCACUGGACGAUCCCGCUGCUUUGAAGAAGCUAUUGGAAGAUUGUGCAGUUCCAGCACCCACUGUUGCCAACUUGAAUCUUUUAGGCUACCGUUCUGUAGCUUUGCUUGGUUUUGCAGUCCCCAGUGAUGGACACGCGAAAGGUGGCAUUCCAUGUGAACCCAACCUUGCAACAGCAGCCAAACCCAAGCUGUCUCUGUCAGAGUAUAAGGAACUGAAGCUGAAGUUUGUUGAACACUUCCCAGGUGAAUUGUUGACACCGGAAUCCACUCCCAGCUUCAUGUUUCUUGCCAGUUUGAAAGAGCAAGUGGAUGCCGGCACUUGGACAUGGACACCAUGGCGUCAUCGUAUCUCUGAACAUGCUGAGAUGCUUUUUCAGGAAAAUCGGAAGCCUCGAUCAGAUCAUCAGUUACUUCAACGCAUGCUUAACCAGCAGGAACUGAUGGACUUCCCAGAAGCCAGCGUCCCGUCAGGUGGCCCAGACAUGCAGACAGCCUUGCAGCCCAGACCUCGUUCUCUACAUGCUCCAACGACUCCGAAGAAGGUGGAACCCAAGGCCACCCCGAAAAAGCCGGGUACUCCACCACCAGUUCGCAAGGAUGAUCGACUGAAAGACUGGAAUGAGAGUUGGGUCAGAAAGACAUUUGCCCCAUUCCGAAGGCUGAUGGAACGCCUUGCGCACAGAAGCAUCCUGCCAAGUCGCACAAGGGUGCUCCACACUGACCAACGGACCAAGGGCCAUCUUCAACUGUGGCCUUGGAGCCGCCCCCUGGCGAUUUUUCUGUGGGAGCUUGGCCAGGUGCAUCAGCCUCCGAGCCUAUGGUUGUGGACAGUCUUUUUGCCCUAUCUGUCCCGCCAUUCGAAGGUGGCUACAUUGCAAGCAUGGCCCUCCUGUUUGCCCUCCACCUUUACUGCUCAGCCAUUGACCCAACGGGUUGAGGACGGGGGUGGUCUUAUUAGUACUGCAGUGUGGCAUUCCCCACAAGCCCCAGAUGUGUUGGGAGGCUUGCGCAAGCGUUGGACCUCUCGAAUCCUCCGCAUGGGGCUUCAUUCACAUAUCUUGUCGCAUUUUGCAACGGGGUCCAAAGAUCCCCCAUUAUCUGACCAUCAGCUGCAGGGUUUUUUGAUGGAUGUGCGCGAGUUUGUGGAUGUUCCUGAUCAGAUUUGGGAUCAAGCUCUGCCAGUUGCUCCUGGUCAACCAUUUCGAUUGGACCUCUGGCGACUUCUUUUGCGAGAGAUGAAUGAUCCUGACAUUGCAUUUCUUGAUGAACUUGUGAGUGGGGUACGACUGGGAGUCAACAAUGACAUCCCAGCUUCCUCUUUGUGGCCCCUACAACAGUCAACUUCUGUGAAAGUCGUUCGUGUGGCCAACUUCACAUUGCGUGAUCGUGAACACGCCAAAUCAUUGCACUUCAAGUCUCGCAGGAUAUGGCUGGGCAUUCAAAUACCUGGCUCCAGCAAACGCAAACUGCUGCCUGACACGCAUGAGGCCCUGCAGGCUUGGAAAGAUGUCCUCAUUGGUACUCCUUUCCUUCAUGACAUGGUACCGCCUCACCAUAUACCUCUUCAAGCCUCAGCUGAUGCAUGCGCAACUGCGAAUGAAGCGGGGUUGGGCGGCGUUAUUCGUAUGAAUGGUUCGGUGAUGGCCUGGUUUGCAUUCACAAUUUCACAUUCCGAAGCAAAGUCAAUUUUUCCAUGGGUUUCUGACUCGAUGCAGAAACACAUUAACGUUUGGGAACUUCUUGGUCAAUUUUCAUUAGCGUAUUGCUUGGAUUGCUCGUUGAAGGGUCGUCAUACCCCCAUUGCAGUCACAUUUGCUUGUGACAACACAUCGGCUGAAGCAGCGCAUUUGAAAGCUCUGUCAACCUCUGCAGGCAUGUGUCACAUAUUGGCGGCCUUUUUCCGUUUCCAACGCAUCCACAACAUUGAUGUGACCAUCCAGCAUAUCCCAGGUAUAUGGAAUGACGAUGCUGAUGCGUUGAGUCGUGGUAGGCACAUUCCUUCUUGCACUCCGGAACUACGCAUUGAAGUUCCCUGGAAAUGGCUCUGCUCCGCCAUACCGAAAUUUUCACCUAGUCAAGCUCGAAUCCCAUCCACUUUGCUGUCCCGCUGA